AUGUCGCUCGUAUCGGGGGAGAAGUCGAACUUCCAGUUCAUCCUUCGUCUUCUCAACACCAACGUCUCCGGCAAGGAGAAGGUCGUUUACGCCCUCACCAAGAUCAAGGGUGUCGGUCGCCGUUACUCCAACCUCGUCUGCAAGAAGGCCGAUGUCGACCUGAACAAGCGCGCCGGUGAGCUCACCUCCGAAGAGCUUGAGCGUAUCGUCACCAUCCUCCAGAACCCUACCCAGUACAAGAUCCCCACCUGGUUCCUCAACCGACAGCGCGACAUUGUCGACGGCAAGGACAGCCACAUCCUGGCCAACGGUGUCGACUCGAAGCUCCGUGACGAUCUCGAGCGCCUCAAGAAGAUCCGCGCUCACCGUGGUCUCCGUCACUACUGGGGCCUCCGUGUCCGCGGUCAGCACACCAAGACCACCGGCCGCAGGGGCCGGACCGUCGGUGUCUCCAAGAAGAAGGGUGGUUAA